AUGGGGUUAGGUGCUGAAGCUUUUAGUGGGGCGGCUAUGGAUAUAGGCAGUUCGAAAUCGAAGGCGAGGAGAAAAAUACUUAAUGAAGAAGAUGAUGAUGUGGCAGGGGAAGGUGGGUGUUGGAAGUUCAGAUUCUUCGGGAGGUGUUUGGUCACGCGGCCGAAAGCCGAUACAUCUCUUAGUGGGUCUAGCACGGAAUAUGCUGAAAGCAAAUUCACAAACGACACAAGUGGAGACCAACCGGUGGCGGUGGUGGCUCCAGUAAUAUCAUCUUCAACGAGUAGCAAUGAAGAAAGUAGUGUCCCAUCAACACCUAAGAUUGAUGAAGAACUGAAAAUUUCUUCACAGCUUCGGAAGUUCACUUACAACGAGUUAAAAAUGGCGACAAGGAAUUUUAGGCCCGAUAAUCUACUCGGAGAAGGUGGAUUUGGCCGUGUCUUUAAGGCUUGGAUUAACGAAAAUGACAAUACUCCAGUUAAACCCGGCACAGGACUUACUGUUGCUGUGAAAACACUCAAUCAUGAUGGGCUUCAAGGACAUAAAGAGUGGCUAGCAGAAGUAAAUUAUCUAGGCGAGCUCAUCAAUCCGCAUUUGGUCAAAUUGAUCGGCUACUGCAUAGAGGAUGACCAAAGACUACUCGUUUAUGAGUUCAUGCCUAGGGGAAGCUUGGAGAAUCACUUAUUCAAGAGAUCACUGCCUCUCCCUUGGUCUAUAAGAAUGAAAAUCGCACUGAAUGCUGCAAAAGGCCUUGCUUUUCUUCACGAGGAGGCUGAAAAACCGGUCAUUUAUCGAGACUUCAAAACUUCAAAUAUUCUCCUAGAUGUGGAUUAUAAUGCAAAACUAUCCGAUUUCGGGCUCGCCAAAGAUGCCCCUGAAGGCGAUAAAACGCAUGUUUCGACUCGUGUGAUGGGAACAUACGGAUAUGCCGCGCCAGAGUAUGUAAUGACAGGACACUUGACGGCUAAGAGUGACGUGUACAGUUUUGGAGUGGUGCUCCUCGAAAUAUUGACCGGACGAAGGUCAAUGGACAAAACCCGGCCCAUCAAUGAGCAGAACUUAGUGGAGUGGGCCAGACCCAACUUGGUCGAAAGGCGGAGAUUCUACAGGCUGGUGGACCCACUCCUCGAGGGUCGUUUUUCGAUUCGGGCCGCCCAGCAGGCUGUCCAGAUGGCGGCCCGUUGCCUCAGCCGGGAUGCGAAGAUGAGGCCCGCAAUGAGUGAGGUAGUUGAGGCUAUAGAGCCUCUGAUCAACUUGAAGGACUUGGCCUGCUCAAGUUCGUAUUUCCAGGCCAUGAACACGGGCCGAGCCGGUUUGAAUGCGGCUAGCAAGAAUGGACUUAAGUUGCAGCAGCCCAUCAGAAGCCCGUCGAUGCACACUAGACGGGCUUCGUCACCGUUUAAUAAUAUUCAGACUCUUCAGUCGCCCGUGGCGAAAAAUGUUUGA